AUGUCGGAUUUUGAUGAAUUCGAGAGGCUGUUGACUGAAAAUAAGAAAGAGCGGGACAAGGAGAAUCGGCACGGACGGCGCACACUGUCCCGCAGUCGCAGCCGAGAAAGGAAGAAGAGGAGCUGGGAAAGGAGGAAGAGUAGGGCAAGCCGCAGCGACAGCAAGGACCAUCAACACAGGCGCAGUCGCUCUCCAGCUCUGCACAGAGAGAAGAAGAAAGUGAGGAAGUACUGGGAUGUUCCGGCACCAGGCUUCGAACAUAUCACCCCCCUGCAGUACAAGGCUAUGCAGGCUGCUGGCCAGAUCCCAGCCACGGCCCUACUGCCCACCAAGAUAACUCCAGAGGGACUGGCCUCCACCCACACUUCUGUACCUGUGGUGGGCAGCCAAAUGACCAGGCAGGCCAGGAGGCUCUACGUUGGCAACAUACCUUUCGGAAUCACAGAGGAGGCCGUGAUGGAUUUCUUCAAUGCCCAGAUGCUCCUCGGCGGUCUUACCCAGGCCCCUGGCAACCCUGUUCUAGCUGUGCAGAUAAACCAGGACAAGAACUUUGCCUUCCUCGAGUUCCGCUCGGUGGACGAGACGACCCAGGCCAUGGCCUUUGACGGCAUCAUCUUCCAGGGUCAGAGCCUGAAGAUCAGACGGCCUCAUGACUACCAGCCCCUUCCCGGCAUGAGUGAGAGCCCCAGUGUCUAUGUACCAGGAGUGGUUUCGACCGUGGUGCCAGACUCAGCCCACAAACUCUUCAUCGGUGGCUUGCCAAAUUAUCUAAAUGAUGAUCAGGUAAAAGAGCUAUUGGUCUCCUUUGGCCCUCUGAAGGCCUUCAACCUGGUCAAAGACAGCACCACGGGCCUCUCCAAGGGCUACGCCUUCUGUGAAUAUGUGGACGUCAGUUUGAAUGACCAAGCCAUUGCAGGGUUGAAUGGGAUGCAGCUGGGGGACAAGAGGCUCCUGGUCCAGAGAGCCAGUGUUGGGGCCAAGAACGCAGCUCUGGUGAGUAUGAACCAGACACCGGUGAUCCUCCAAGUGCCAGGCCUGAUGCCCACCUCCAUGGCCUUGCUGGGUGGCCUGCCCACUGAGGUGCUCUGCCUGAUGAACAUGGUGGCUGUGGAGGAGCUGCUGGAUGACGAGGAGUACGAGGAGAUCGUGGAGGACGUCCGCGGUGAGUGCAGCAAGUACGGCCAGGUGAAGAGCAUCGAGAUCCCCCGGCCUUUGGAUGGCCUGGAGGUCCCAGGCACUGGGAAGAUCUUUGUGGAGUUCAUGACCCUGUUUGACUCCCAGAAGGCCAUGCAGGCACUGACAGGCAGGAAGUUUGCCAACAGGAUGGUGGUGACCAAGUACUGUGACCCAGACGCCUACCACCGCCGAGACUUCUGGUAGACCUGAGAACCAGAGAGAGGGAGAGAAGCAGAGUUUCAUGUUAUUUAUGUAAUGAUAUGAAUAUUUAUGAGCAUCA